CACAGGUUUCAGCACUGAGAGUGCGCCGCGCUCACUUUCGAUAAACGACACCAUAAAUCGCAUUUUCAUCAUCCCACACAAACAACAAGCAAGCAAGAAACGCAAUGUCCUCGUCUUUGUGUGAUGACGCGCUUCGCAAGCGCAUGGCUUCUGUGAAGCACAUCAUCCUCGUGCUCUCCGGCAAAGGUGGGGUUGGCAAGAGCACAGUGGCCACCCAGCUUGCGCUGGGCCUCAUGCACGCCGGCAACAAGGUUGGCAUCCUGGACAUUGACCUCUGUGGGCCCAGUGUCCCUCGAAUGCUUGGCGUCCAGGACUCGGAGAUCUUCUCCUGUCCCGACGGCUGGGUCCCUGUGUACAAGUAUAAUCAGCGGCUGGCCAUCAUGUCCAUCGGCUUCUUGCUUGGCAAUACAUCCGAGGCAGUCGUGUGGCGCGGCCCAAAGAAGACAGGCCGCCUGCCGAUUGACCCUGAGUUUGGGCGCGCGGUGGGAGACGGCGGCGACUAUAUGGGCGAGCACGUGGGCUCCCAGACACACACGGCCAUCAUGGCCAUCGUCAACAAGCUACCCGGGGUCGCCGACGCCGCGGAAGCGCAAGCACAAGCGCAAGCACAAGCACAGGUCGAGCAUGAGCAGCAACAGGAGCAGCAACAGCAACAGGAGCAGCAACAGGAACAGGCGAAGGCGAUGGAGGUUGUGAGCGUGGACGAGCCUGGCGCAGAUUAUGCCGUGCUCGUGUUCAGCGCGAUACACGAGCUGGUGUACACGGCGUCCCCAGCCUUUGUCAUCCUCCCAGCAAUUACCCCGCCGUGCCCACCCGGGUUCUCGCCCUCACCAGCAGAAACAGCCUGCUCUCCCUGCCCCAAAUCAACCUACGGUGUGGGCGGCAUGUCCCCGUGUGAGCCGUGCCCUGGCAACUUCACCACCAUGGCCCAAGGCGCUGCGUCCCCAGCAGACUGCACCAUCGAGCCAACGUCCAUUCAAGCGCGCUUCACGCUCGUGCGUAACCGCACCCUCCUUUCGCAGCCGCUGCAUACCGCCACAGAGAACAUGGAGAUGGACGCGUGCUUGCAAGCAUGCGCUGCUGAUGGGCUGUGCGCCUCUGUUCUCUUCGUCGAAGUGUGCGCCGAGGACAACACGGGCACGUGUACGCUCUUUGCAGACUCCCUCGCAACUGCCCUCUCAACCCAAAUCAGUCUCGUGGACGCAGACACGCACGCCGCCCAUCUGUUCUUCACGAAAGACGCGCCGGCACCACAACCGCUGCUGCCGUUUUCGCACACGCGCAACGCCCGCAUCACCGCCGCUGUGUUGCGAACAGAGCCCAUGCCUACCAGCACGGCUGCGUGUGCCACGCUCUGUCUGCGUGCGCGUGUAUGCAGGGCGUUUACAGCGGGCGUGCGCUCGCGGCUCGGGCAGUGCGUGCUCUUGCUGGAAAACACUCAGGACCGCGGCGUCGACCUCUUCACCAUCCCGUACUAUGGCUUUGAUGACACGGACGUGUACGAGCUACUGCCCUCCACAGAUACCGAGCCCUGUCCACCCGGCACAACAUCACCCACAGGGUUCACGCCAGGGUGCGAGCCGUGCCCGCCAAACUUCUAUGCAGAGGCGUCGACGCUGUGCGCGGCGUGUCCUGACAGCGCACCGUACACACCAGCAGCGGGCGCAACCAGUGUUGACCAGUGCACGCCCGCUCUCUGUCCGUCCUCCGCAGAGGGGCCAAACGCCGACGGGGCAUGCAUGUGCCCGAGUGGAACGACGUGUGUUGGCAGCAGCUGCGACAAGACGGCUGAUGGCGCGUGGUUCUUCUCGCCAUUGGACUGCAGUGAUUGCGUGUGUGCAGAGGGAGAGCGGCCGCCGCUCAUCGACUUUGUGCUCACGCCCCAGUCCGGUGACGUCUACUUUCUCGGAGACACCAUGUCCAUUCGGUGGCUCGCCAGCUCCUCCGUGACAUAUGUGGACAUCAUAUUGGCGUUUGCGCACCCGACACGCCCCAACACGCUUGCCGCCGUCGGCUACAUUGCCUUCAAGGCACGCAACGACGGCACGUACAAGUGGCGCAUUCCAACCGGCCUCACGCCGCGCACAGAUUAUGCUGUCGUGAUCUUCCACAACGUGCAGCCGGGGGAAACGCCUGCGCCCACGCACCGCAACACGGGUCUGUUCAGCAUUGUCACACGCCCCUCAGAGUGCCCAGCAGGCAGCGUGAACACGGACACGGGUCGCCCGCCGUGCACAGACUGCCCCGUCGGCACGUUCAGUGCAUCCCCGUUUGAGUGCGCGCUGUGCCCAAACGGCACAACAACGUACGGAGGCGCAUCUCCAAGCGUCGACAGCUGUGUUGUGCAGCCGGACAGCGCGCUGGGCGUGUUUACCGUGUACCCGCAGCAGUUUCUGGAGAGUGACACGCUUGGCGGGUACUACCUUGAGCAGGUGGACCACAAGACGCUGGAAGAGUGUGCGCAGCUGUGUUUGGAUGACGCCGGGUGCAAGUCCAUGAUUGCAGGUGUGCUUGGUCUCCACCAGGAGGGCGACUGCUUCCUCAGCUACGCGAACCUCAAGGACUUUGGCAACGACCCAUCAGUGCUGCUGCCCAUCGAGCAGCUGAGCUACUACGAGCGCCCGGGCACCAAGCGAGUGCUGACCGCAUCUCUGUUUCGCGCCUUUGCCAACUGCCGCCUCGACGUCACCACACCGCGCGGUGGCGAGUUCUUUGCCCGCCCCGAGGCGUGUGCGCAGGCAUGCAUGCAUGACCCGUGCUGUGUCGCCUUCCACACGGACGGCGAGUGGCUGUGCGAGAUCCUCCACGCCACCCGCGCCACCCGCGCACUCUCAUCCAUGUCAUCAUCAUCAUCAUCGUCAGCGGCGGAUGAGAGCCUGAUAUCGGCUACAGAGGCGACUUUCACUGCACCGCUCGUGUGUGCACCGCUGAUUGAGCGCACGUAUUACGAGCGCCAGUUCCAUGUCACAUUCACCACCAACGUCCCCACCGAUGAUGCCUCAACCUCCAAAGCAGCACAGCUCUUCACUCAGACGCUUCGCGCGGUCGUUCUGUCUGUCCUGGGCGUGGAUGAGGGGAGCGCAGUUGCAUCUAGUAUUGCCCUCACCAUCACCCCAGACCCCAACGCCAACAACGCCACGCUGCUCGCAAAUGUGCUGUUGCCGUCGCCUGCUUUUCGCGAUAUCUUACAGCAAUCGGUGGAGAGCGGCGCUGUCGCUGUUGUCUGGCCGCCGGCUGUUGGUGAUACAUAUACUAUGGCGUUCACGCAGCAGUACGGGCCAUGUGCACCAGGCACCGUCUCCGCCACCGGUGAGCGGGAGUACGGGUGCCAGCCGUGCCGCGCAGACACAUACGCAAAUGGACCGCAGACCAAGUGCGUGGCCUGCCCGUCUGGACUCGUCUCCCCUCCCCGAUCAACCGGCAUCGACAGCUGCAUUCCUCCACCGCCACCAGCCAACUCAUCAUCAUCAUCAUCGUCGUCAUCAUCGUCGUCCACAGCAACAGCUGAAGCAGCCUCGCGCUCCCCCUUGCACUACGUGGCUGUUGGCAACAUGUGGUCUGGCACCUACACUGCAGACGGCGAUCAGGGCGCCAUGGAGAUGGAGGUCGAGAGCAUCACCCAUGACACUAACGACGUACCCACACGGGUGAACGUGCUCAUGACCCUUCGCCACAGCCUGUCGUGCGAUCCAACGCUCGGCUGCCGCACACCAGGGCGGUCUGUCUUCUACGUCACCAUCACUGCCAUCAACGAAACGCACGUGGCGCUGGUGUACACGCGCGGGUUUUACGGCUGGGGCGGCAUCACAGACCGCUCCUAUCCUCGCCAGGAUUUGGUGGGCGCAGUUGCCCUGCAGAGCGGAAAGUUGACCAUCUCUGGGCCGUAUGCGCCCAACGGCCACUUUGCUCUUCGUCGCCUCUGCACCGACACAACUCAAGUUGAGAUUGAUGCUGGUGACCACUUCACGGGCACGAUGUUGUGCGGGCUGAUGGACACAACAGCGAACACCACCAAUGCCACCACCACAGCUCUCACGCCCCCAGCAGCAACUGCUGGCAAUGGCGUGGAGAUCUCUCGCCGCCUCGACGUGUACGUUGAGAGUAUCGACGAAACCGGGCACGUGCGCGUGCUGGUGGACUUUGACCACCAGUAUGGCUCGUCCCAGUUCAUGGCCAGGGGUCAGCUCUCAUCAUCGCAGUGCCAAUCGUUCGUUGUCGCCCCCAACGGCGGCGAUGCGUGGGUGACGCCGCUUGUACCCGGCGUGGCCUCGUUCCAGAUCACGGGGCGGCAGAGCGACGACGGUGCCACCAUCACGGGCCAGGUCUCCAAUGUUCCCGCGUGUAUGUGUUUGGGAGAUCUCCCGCCAGCGCUUGCGCAGACGUGUGGUCGAUUCGGCGCCAACGACGACUACUGUUUCGUCGACGACACAUGCCCAGAGGCCCAACCUUCACCGUUCCCUGGUUGGCUGUACACCAACUCCCACCAGGAACAGCACCCGUGCACGAGUUUUCGCCUCUCGUACGUGUGCUCCGACCACGGCGGCCUGUGCCCCUCUGGAUGGACGCUUCACCGCAGCCGCUGCUACCGCGCUGUCGGCAACACCACGGCUUUCACCGACGCUGUGGCGCUCUGUGACGCACAGGGAGCCACAAUCACCAGCGUGCACAGCGACGCGGACGAAGCACUCAUUCUUCGCCUCACAAACGGCACGAGUGCCUGGCUCGGUCUCCAGCCAUCAUCGUCGUCAUCAUCACCGCAGUGGAUGGACGGAAGCCCUUUCCUCUUCAGCAACUGGAACGCAUCAACUGCUGUCCUGACUAACGACUCGUGCGCAUUCUUGGCAAGCCUUCCCAGUGGUCCCCGCCCCUCUGCGUGGUUCACAGCACCCUGUACCCCGUCGUCAUUCUCCUCCUCCUCCUCCUCCUCGGCGCCACCACAAGAGCACGUGGCCGUGUGUCGCUCCCCGGUCAUCACCGCUGACCGCUCUUGCGCGUGCUUGAGCCCGUGCACUGCCCAUCCUGCCGUGUCAGGCGGUGCCAGCACCAACGCCACCAUGGGCCUGUGCGAGACGCAUGCGGAGUGCCCACGUGCGGUGCUGUUUGGCGGCGCGUCGCUGGUGGUGUGCGAUUCCGGCGACGGGCCCGUGCUGCCGCCGAGUACCAACGUGUCGUGCCACCAGACCAACAGCGGCUGGUACACAAAGCCGGACGGCACGUGCGGGCAGUGCGUGCGUGCGAGUGACUGCAGCAGCAAUGCAGUGCUCAUUGGCGCGUGCGGGGAGUACACCACGCCCAGGUGUGUGGCCUGCCCCUCGGGCUGCGUCGAGUGCGCUGCUGUCGACGACACCCCGCAGUGUCGCCAGUGCCGGUCUGGUCUCGUUCUCUCUGCGGUGACGCGAAAGUGCGAAUCCGCGUGCGAAAACGGCUACUUCAACGACGGCAGCGGUGUCUGCAUGCCAUGUGCGCGGGAGUGCUACACGUGUGCGGGCCCAACGAGCAGCGACUGCCUGUCCUGCAGCCCGCUGGAAGAUCUGUUCCUGCGCAACACAACUGCGGGUGCGACGUGCGUUGCGUCAUGCCCUGCAAACACCUUCAAGGACCGCUCUUCCUACACGUGCGUGCACUGCGCGCAAUGCGACCCCACCACGCAAUACCAGGCAGCACCCUGCACCGACAUCUCGAAUACCGUGUGCAUUGACUUGGAGGUGUGCAGUGCAGAUGAGCGAGAGAUUGUGCCGCCAACCCCAACGUCAGACAGAGCGUGCGUGCCGGCGUCUGCGUGUCCCGCGGGAUCGUAUCGAAACGACACGAUGGACACGUGCGCCCCAUGCCCUGCUGGAUGGACGGACCACGAUGCCAACAGCACCACCGCAUGCGUGCAGUGUGCACCGGGUACAUUCACACAAGCAGGCAACAUCGGUGAAUGUCAACCCUGCCAGCAAGGCAGUUAUGAUGACGACCUGGAUGCGAGCACGCUGUGUGUUGCUUGCGACGUAGGGAACACAUUCCAGGACGAAACAGCGCAGACCACGUGCAAGCCCGUGUCACCCUGUGAACCCGGCACGUUUGUGGUCCUCAAUGCUACGGUUGACCGCGACACGACAUGCAAGCGCUGCCCGCCGCGCACGUUCACGGCUGCAGCCAACGCUGGCACAUGCAGGCCGUGGUCGACGUGUGGCGCUGGGCAGCAGCCACUGGUGUCGCCAACACCAACGUCGGAUCGUGUGUGUGUACCGUGUCCAACCGAGACGUACAAGCCGUUUGCCGGUGACUUUGCGUGCUUCAAUGCGACAGCGCCAUGUCAACUGAGCGAGGAGGUGCAGCCGCCAACAGCAACGAGCGACCGCGUGUGUCGCCCUUGCGGUGCAGAUACAUUCUUCUCCGGCCAGAUGGGCACGUGCGUGUCGUUGCGUGCAUGCAACAGCUCGAUCGAGUAUGCCUCGUCGCCACCAACGAUGACCACGGACCGGGCGUGCUCUUCGCUGCGUGUGUGUACGCGUGACGAGUACAUGAGCGUGCCGCCAACAUCAACGACCAACCGCCAGUGCACGCCGUUGACGGUCUGUUCACCGUCCGAGUACGAGGAGCGAAUGCCCCAAAUGGGUGCAGACGGCGAUGCCUUUGUUUCCGACCGCACGUGCACGCCGUGUACCGUGUGCCCGCUCGGUGCAACACAGCCCUGCACGGCCACGAGCGAUGCCGUGUGCCGCGGGUGCGGCAACGUGACGUGUGAUGCCGGUGUGUCGUUUGAGACGGCGCCGUGCACAGCAUCGACGGAGCGCGUGUGCAGCGCGUGUGGGACGUGUGGGCCGCGAGCGUUUGCAUCGUCACCGUGCACGCCAACUGCCAACGUGACCUGCGCGCCACUGGACACGUGUGCGGAUGGGAGCGAGUUUGAGGCAGUGCCGCCAACAGCGACGAGCAACCGCGUGUGCCGCGCGCUGUCGAGCUGCAGGUCCGGCCACUUUGUUGCCGUGAACGCGACGAAGACCUCUGAUCGCGUGUGUGCGCCGUGCCAAGAUGGAACAUUCUCGCAAGACACCAACACCGACGCAUGUCAAGCAUGGACGGUGUAUGAUGCAGGCACGGUGCAAGUGGUGGCUCCCACAUCUUCCAGUGACCGGCUAUGCUCGCCGUGUGGCCACAACACGUUUCGGUCUGCAGAUAUGCCUGCAUGCACGCCAUUCACCACGUGUGUUGCGGGCGAGCAUGUGCAACAGCAGCCCACAGCCAGCAGCGACCGCGUGUGCAGCACGUGCAACGAUGGCACGUUCUCCAUUCACGAGAAUGCGCCAGCAUGCACGCCAUACACGUCCUGUCCACCCGGCACGCGCGUGAGUGUCAUCGGCAGCCCAUCUGGGGACCAAACGUGCGCGCCGUGUCCAGCGAACACGUUCAGCAAUGUCAGCAACGCGUUCUCGUGCACAGCGCACCGCGUGUGCCAGCCCGGCACCCACCGCGUUGGCGGUACAGCGACGACGGAUGUGGCGUGCGUUGCGUGUGUGGAUGGCACGUAUUCUGUGUCUGUGAAUGCAGACACGUGCGCGCCUCACAGCACGUGUGGUGCGGGCACACACGUGAGCGUUUCGCCAUCAGCGACCAGUGACCGCAUCUGUGCGGCGUGUGCCGUUGGCACGUGGUCAGACGACCCGAACAGCGAUGCCGGGGCGUGCGAGGCUGUGAGCGACUGCCUGCCCGGGUCAAUGGUCGUGCAGUCGCCAACGCUAUCGACAGACCGCGUGUGCAGCGCGUGUGUGGCGGGCGUUUCGUACCAGCCGGAAGCCAACGCACGGGAGUGCCUUACCGUGCGCGCACCGUGUGCAGCGGGCAGUUAUGAGUCUGCGCCCGCAACUGUGACAUCUGACCGGGAGUGCACGCGGUGUGACGUGUCGCUCAACGCGUACCAGCCGCGAGCAGGGAGCCGGUUCUGUCUUGUGUCGAGUGGGUGUGGUCGCGGUGAAUAUGUACAGCAGGCGCUGACGCCGACGUCUGACGUUGUGUGUCAGCCAUGUCCACCAGGCACCCACCUGCCAUCAUCGUCAUCAUCUUCAUCGUCAUCAUCAUCGUCGUCGUCUGGUGGUGGGGCGGUUCAGAGCUGCAUGCCAUGUGUGGACGGGACGUAUCAGCCGUAUUCCGGACAGACGCAGUGCUUUGACGCAGCGCAGUGUCCGAUUGGCCACGUGGAGGUGUCACCACCAACGACGACCACCAACCGCGUGUGUGAGCUGUGUGACGGCGUGUCGUUCUACCACGACCCUGCCCAGUCGCAGCAGUGCCAGGAGGUGAGCACGUGCGGUGAGCUUGAGGUGGAAGUUGCCCCCGCCACCGCCGUGUCGGACAGGGUGUGUCAGUGCAACACGCUCAAGGCGUACACGGACAUUGGCACCGGCGCGUGCGUCCAGUUGUCCGAGUGCCGCGGUGAUGACGUUGAGGUGCAGGCGCCGACACCAACGAGCGAUCGCACGUGCGUGCAGGCAACGGCUGUUGUCUCCGUACAAUUCGUGUUUAAGGCGCUGGAGUUUGCACUUGUGCGAAGUGGCGGCACGACCGCGUUUAUGGACGAAAUGGCCGGCAUCAUCAAGAGCCGCAUCUCCGCCAUCAGCGGCCGUGACAGCGGCGAGCGCGUGCGCGCGUAUGUCGUGCGGCUGCGCGAGGGCAGCACGAUUGUGGAGGCGGCACUCGUUUAUGACGCGGGGACGACCAGCGGUGCGGACACCGCCGUGAUGCAAGAUGUGCUGUUCCGCGUGCGCGAUGCCAUUGAGGAGGACAUUUCUGCCGGUCAGAUUGCCAUCACGUGGCCGCUGGUUGAUGGCGGUGUUUCCUAUGUCGCCAAUUUCACGAGCGAGCGCCGUCCAUGCGGCGUUGAUCAAUUUAGCGCCACCGGCUACGCCCCCUGCUCCUCCUGCCCGCCGGGACACGUGCACUCUGCCAGUCGCAUGGAGUGCAUCGACUGCUACCUCAAUGCCACCACCCGCGGCUGCGACCAAAUCAUGGUCCCCAAAGCGUCAUCGAGCAGCGACAGCGGCGCGUCCAUCCCCGUCGUCGGCGUUGUCUUCAUCUGCAUUGCUCUCGGCUGCAUUGCCGGUGCCGGCAUCAUGUACCUCGUCCGCGGCAAGGCAAAGGUGCGCGUGAUUGUCGUUCCUGAGGCAACCGACGAUGGAACGCCGCGCAAGGCCGAAACAGGCGCCACCACGUCCUUUGCCAAUCCCCUCUUCGGCAGCAACAGCAGCAGCAGCAGCAGUCGUGCACAUCAGGAGCGCCCGGGCAGUGCGCGGUCUGCGUGGCUGGAGGGCGAUUACGAGAGCGGUGGUGUUGAAUACCGCAACGCCGCAUUUGGCCGUGGUGAUACGCGUGGUGGUGGUGGUGAUGAUGGUGGAUACCAGCCACUGCCGCGCACGGGACCCGGCUACGAUCGUCCUAUGCGACGCGAGGAGGAGGACCCGUAUGCGUCGGUUGAUCCGCACGUGCCCGGAAGCAUCAGCGACGCGAAAUCACAGUACUACGAGCUGCGCGACUCACGUCUUGGCGCCAGCACCACCAGCCACACGGACACGUGGGAUAUUGACGUUCGGGAUAUCCGCACGCCGCCACAGCGCCCGUCACGCCCGAGCUGGAGCGACGAUGCGCUCAAGGUCGAGUCGCUCACCCCUCGACCCCCGCCCCGGGUACCUCGCUCCCUUCCGCCGCUGUGCCAUCCAAACACCAACGAUCGCCAGCAACAGCAACAGCUGCGGCAAGGGCGGUGGCGGAGAAAUGACGCAGCAGCAGCAUCUACAGCAGUGUCUUCGGAUGCCGCCAUGUCUGCAGACACCACCAGUGGGAAUGCCACCGCUCACCAACCAUCUUCUGACGCCUGAUUUCAUUAACUGAUUUGACCUAUGCGGCAUAUGUGUGUGUGCGUGUGUGUGAGUGUGUGAGUGUGUGCGUGUGCAUGUGUUGUGUCCGUUUGUGUGCGUGUGUGAGUGUGCGAGAGUGUGUGUGUGUGGCGCCAACUUUCCGUUUUCAACCACCCCAUGCUUGGUUAAUUAUGUCCUGCGCAUCACCUGCGCGUUUGUUACAACGACAAUUCUACAAUUAUGUACAUCUAAUGAAUUUGUUGCAGG